GAUAAAUGGCUUGACAGACUAUAGUUAUCAUUUGUAGUUUUUUUUUUACAAAAGUCGUGUCUAGUGCUGUCCCAAAUGUCCCAAUUUUACCUUCGCAAUAAUAAUUUCGUGCGUACCGUUCAAUUUAUUGCUACAGCAAAAUAGGGCAUCACUAGCAGUUUGCUCUUUCCAUUCGUUCAAUUAUACGUCAAACUUAAUGUCUCAUUUUUUUGUUGUUUGUGUUUUGUGUUGAUCUCUACAAAACGCGCGCCCUUUCUCAUUGUUUCUGCAUAAAAACCACUUUUUCUGUUAAAAACUUCGUAUAUCCGAUACGUACAUGCCCUCAAAAUGCCUAAAGCAAUGCGAGAAAUACUACAAAAUGGGAAUUCUUACGACGAAACGGACCGUAUGCCAGAUAACAUAACAAUAACCAAUCUCGAUAUUAUUAUGUACGUUGUGGCUAUUGUUGGUCAUUUCGUGGACUUAGGAGUGGAUAUUAACGUGGCUGUACAGUAUUCCUUGGCCGGCCAUAUGAUGGAAUUCGGAUGGACGCUGGCGUUCAUACUUUUACCAGCGUUCGUGAACACCGCAGUAUCGAUACGAAUGUAUGCUCAAGACAAGCAGCAAGACUCAAUUACCAAUGAGGUGACGAAGCGUCACUGGCUGCGAAUCUUCAUCCUAGUGUUACAGAUGGCGCCCAUUCUCAGAUUUAUUGAUGCUUUAGUCUACGCCUUGAAGUCACGCCAAGCCGAAAAGAAGCACGACCACGCGUCACAGCGGCACUACUACAAGUUGAUGCUGAAAGAAGAUGCUGAUGCUGCUUUACUGAGGAUCUUCGAGUGCUUUCUAGAAGCUGCUCCGCAACAGGUGUUGCAGACCAGUCUACUCUUCGCUAUGCCUAACAGAUUCAGAGUACACCAAAUCCUGUCAAUCUGCUCAUCCGUCAUCGGCAUGGGCUGGUGCCUGGCUGCGUACCAGCGCGCCGUGCGUUUCGCCCAACAGGACAAGGAAAACAUGAGCUGGACCGGCUCCAUACUGCAAACGUUGUGGCAUUUCCUCGUUACAUUGAGCAGAGUUAUGUCAAUAUCAAUGAUCGCGUACCUCUUCCCCUAUUGGACGAUCCUCGCCUGCGCCAUCCACAUUCUAAUCAUGACCACGUGGUUGCAACUCUUCGACCGGUCGCCAUUUUGUUCACAAAACAAGAUGGCCGAACUGUCAUUCUCACUCGCUUUAGGCGCUGUGUAUCUUUUCACUUACAUUCUACCUAUAGAAGGUAAGACUAGAUAUAGAUACGCUGUUUAUUAUACUGUAUGUUUUAUACAAAAUGUUGUUUGUGCUGUACUUUGGUUUUUAUACGCGUCAGAUGUUAUGAGGGAUUCGGUGAUAUUUUUACCUGCAAUAAUUCUUACCCUAGUACCAUAUGUGAUUGGUAUAUUAUUGAUGGUCAUUUAUUACUCGUUUUUUCAUCCGAAAUUAAGAAGGGGGAGUAAAGAUAUUAGUGUGACUUUUAAAGUGAAUGGAGAGUUUUCUGAAAUUAGUUAAUGUUUUUGAGUUUUUUUUUUUUGCAUAUGGCAUCUAAUUUAAAGUGUAAUAAUAAACUCAGUACAAGCAUUACCAAACUGUUAUGAAAUGGAAUACAUAAUGAUAUUCGUUUUUAAACUGAUCUAUAUUCUGUUCUCUUAUAACAAUUAGGUUAGUUUAGUUUUAUCUUUUACUUAUGGGCUCGAUAGAAAGAGAUGAAUAGUUAUAACGUCUCUAAACGGGUUAUAAAAUAUAAACAAUUUUAUAUAUCUGAAAUGUGUAUGUAUAUAUUGAAACGUGUAUGUAAAUAUGUAUACGAUGUUUCAUUUUAAGUUUUUCUUAAGUUGGGGAACAAUCUACAUGAUAUUUUUUUCUUAUGAGUUAUGAGCGAAGUUCGAGACACUUCGCUCAGUAAUAUUUAAGUUUAAAAUGGUUCUAUGUCAUAUCAUACAAUGUGUUCGUAUAUAUAUAUAACGGCAACGUUAAAUAUCUUUGUACACAGGCAAGUUAGAUAGGUAAGUAGCCAAUUAUAGUAGCAGAAAAAAACAUUGAGUUUUGUACAGUUAAUGGCAAUAACAUCGUACAAAAAGAAGGCUGUACAUAUCUGACACACAGACACACUCUUAUGGCUCUAGAAAUAAUAUUAAAUAAUUUGUGGUUCUUUUUGGGCGAUGUUAUUGUCGGUAUAUUUGAUACAAAUGUAAUAAAGCUGAUGUCCAAAAUAAGCUACUUUGAGGUAUGAUAUGAUUCUCUCGAUAAAAACUUCGUGUUUUUAUUGCAAUAAGGUCAAAUAUAACCAAAUUGUGUAGGUAUGUCUGGAUGUUAAAAAUAUAUGCAUUGUUUUAAGUUCAUUAACCUAUAUUUCCUGCUUCUGAUAAUUUACAUAAACAGUAUUUAUGUAAAUUGUAAAUCAUCACAAUACAAUAUUGUCAGUACAUUGAAACUGAAAUAUCCUUUAAUAUUGUACAUAAAUAUGAUUUUCCUCUCAUUUAUAAAUUAAAUACGUUAUUUUAUAUCUUGAAGUUGAAUAAUUGAACUCUGUUUGUGAAAUACAACUAUGAAAACGGAUUAUAUGGCGUAUAAUGAAUUUAUAAUACAUAGUUUUAUUUCAUGAGUGCGCUGGUGGCCUAGCGGUAAGAGCGUGCGACUUUUGAGCCGGAGG